AUGAUCAUACAUGAGAACUAUAACUCUGAAACGUAUGAAAAUGAUAUUGCUUUGUUGGAGAUGACAUCGAAAAAUCCAGGGACUCCAUGUUCUCCACCUGAUACUGUGCCACUAUGCAUUCCCUGGUCACAAUAUAUGUUCAGAGGCGGUCAACAGUGUAAAGUAUCUGGCUGGGGACGUGGUGAAGAUUUAUGUUUUGCUGAACUGUACAGAGGAGCUGAUAAGAGAGAGGAUAUUGAGCCAGAUGAAGACCAGAAGUCACUUGAAUGCCUUAAAGCAACCUGCAGAGGGAUAGAGACCAGACUGGCUGAGUGUGGGUUAAGGAGAAUGAGGUUGACAACUGGGAAGUUGGCUAAGGUGACAUGCAGUACAAAACAAAGAGUCUGUAACGCCAGAGAAUUCCGCUGUGUCAAUGGAAAAUGCAUCAGUUUAACGAAAACAUGUAAUGGAUUGAAUGACUGUGGUGAUUCAAGUGAUGAAUUAUGUUGCAAAGCCUGCAAAAAGAAAGCUUUCCAUUGUAACUCAGAUGUGUGUAUUCCAAGCAGCUACGUGUGUAAUAAUGAACUGGAUUGCCUAACAGGAGAAGACGAACACAAUUCAUCUAAAAAGCAAUAUGCUCUUCAGUGGGGUUAUGUUAAUCUAAUGGAUAACUGUUCAGAAAUCUACAAGAAUCGAUAUUUCAAAGGAAUGGAAUGUGCCGGUACAGAAGAUGGUUCUGUAGAUGCCUGUAAAGGCGAUUCAGGAGGACCUUUGGUUUGCUUUGACUCUAACAAUGUGGGAUAUCUUUGGGGUAUUGUGGGCAGACGUGAAACCUGUGGUGAAAGUGGACAGCCUGGUCUUUAUACAAAAGUGGCACUCUAUUUUGAAUGGAUUGCUCGACAUACUGGAAUAAAUCUCAUUUCUAAAUAUAAUUUGUGAUUGUUAGAAUGCAAAUAUUCUCUCCCUUUUACCUGCAUUAAUGAAACAAAGAUCAACUAUAGCUCAGUUCAACAAAUAUUAAGUACUUGAAGUUUAACUGAUUUAACUAUACAACAACAACAGUUCCUAUAUAAUUUGAAAUACUGUUUUGUUGUUUGUGCCAUUGAGUCGGUCUUGACUCUUGGCAGCUGCCUGGUCCCUGCAAUUUCAUUAAGAUUUCAGAAAUGAUUUGCCAUUCCCUCCUCAUGAUACACUAUUCUA